CAUUCUAAAGAAAUUUCCUUCUUCAACCAUAUACUAACUAAAAGCAAAGAAAAACAAAAAUCCAAUAGAAAAAAGUUGAGAAAUUUUGUAUACAAAAUUGCUCUUAAAUCAUCAUAUCAUUUUUCCUAAGCUUUCUAUCUCUGGCUUUUCACCUUCCAAACAUGGCUACAGUAGUAAAACACACUGCAAGAACAAUGCUGACCUUGUGUAUCAUUACUAUGAUCUGUAGUGUGAGUUUAGCAGAAAGAGUUUUGAAAGAAAAAGAAACAAUAAAUCAUGUUGAGAAAGAAACAAAAGGGUUUCUAAAAGCAGUGGUUGAUUUCUUAUGGGACAGUGGAAAAGGUUCUUAUGAACCUGUUUGGCCUGAAAUGAAAUUUGAUUGGAAAAUCAUAGUUGGAUCAAUUGUUGGAUUUUUGGGAGCAGCUUUGGGAAGUGUUGGAGGUGUUGGUGGUGGAGGGAUUUUUGUUCCUAUGCUUGCAUUGAUCAUUGGUUUUGAUUCCAAGUCUUCUACAGCCAUUUCCAAGUGUAUGAUUAUGGGUGCGGCAUUGUCAACUGUUUACUAUAAUAUGCGGCUUAGACAUCCAGCGCUAGAUAUGCCGCUUAUAGAUUACGAUUUGGCUUUGCUUUUCCAACCUAUGUUGAUGCUUGGAAUAAGUAUUGGAGUUGUAUGUAAUGUCAUGUUUGCGGAUUGGAUGGUCACGGUUUUGCUUAUCAUCAUAUUCAUAGGUACAUCAACAAAAGCAUUAUUGAAAGGCAUAGAUACAUGGAAAAAGGAAACAAUAUUGAAAAAGGAAAAAGCCAAACAGUUAGAAGAAGAACCAAAAACAGGUGAAGACUACAAACCCCUACCAAGUGGUCCUGCUGGUGCACAAGAUGAAGUGGUCCCUUUGCUAAAGAACAUUUAUUGGAAAGAAUUAUCACUCCUUGUGUAUGUUUGGGUGGCUUUUCUCAUUAUUCAGAUUGUUAAGACAUACACCAAGACUUGCUCCAUUGAGUACUGGAUUCUUAAUUUCUUGCAGGUUCCUAUUGCUAUCUCUGUUGCGCUUUUUGAAGCUGUGUGUUUGUUCAAAGGAACAAGAGUUAUUCAAUCGAAAGGGAAGGAAAUUACAAAUUGGAAGGUUCAUCAAAUUUUGUUAUAUUGUUUUUGUGGAAUUAUAGCUGGUAUGGUUGGAGGUUUGCUCGGUCUAGGAGGCGGCUUCAUUUUGGGUCCACUUUUUCUAGAAAUGGGAAUUCCUCCUCAGGUAGCAAGUGCUACAUCAACAUUUUCCAUGCUUUUUUCAUCCUCCAUGUCAGUAGUGCAAUACUACUACUUAGAUCGAUUCCCGGUACCUUAUGCUUCGUACUUUGUUUUGGUUGCAACCAUUGCUGCAUUUGCUGGCCAACAUGUAGUGAGAAAGAUAAUUGCGAUCCUCGGUCGAGCAUCCAUUAUCAUCUUCAUAUUAGCAUCAACCAUUUUCAUAAGUGCAAUCAGUUUAGGUGGAGUAGGAAUAGAGAAUAUGAUUGUGAAGAUGGAAAAUCAUGAGUACAUGGGGUUUGAAAAUCUUUGCACUCAAUCUUAGGUGUGUUAUUAUGGAUGAAGAGAAUAACAUUUCUCAAACUCUUCAUGUGAUUAUAGGUUAUCUAUUCCAUUUUCAUUCAAGCAAAUUUGGAAAGAUUGUGCUAAAUAUUGUAUUCCUUAAUUUAUUUAUUUUGUACUCCAUUCUGCAACGGUUGGCUGCAUUA